UUCAGAGGUCUGCUCUGUGAUUGUGUCAAACACGCUGUCGCUUCCUGGUUGCAGGGGGACUGCCGUGCAACAUUUCCGGGACGCGGAGAGCGUGAGUGAUGGUCAGUCGGAAUUCAGUCUCGAGGGUCGUUGAAGGAUAAUGCUGAUUCUCAUCUCACGGUUUUUAUUUAUGGCGGCGGUGUGGCGCGUGGCGGAGGGGAAGACACCUCCGCCAUAUAGAUCAUCUGGACCAUGUAAUACAGCCUUUGAAUAUUACGCCAAAAACCUGGGAUUGUGCUGCAGUAGAUGCAAACCAGGGACUCAUCUGGCGGUUAUGUGCACUAGUAUUUCGGACACCAUCUGUGAACCCUGCCAAGAUGGACAGUACUCUGAAAACGUGAACCAUUUUUCCAACUGUUUCUCUUGUCCAAAGUGUAAAGGUGUGAAAGGACUGAUGUAUGGCACAAAUUGCUCUGCUGAUACCAAAGCUGUUUGUGUUUGCAAGCCCGGGAUGUUAUGUUCUAAGCGUAAUUUCAAUAAAGAAUGUGAGGAAUGCAGAAAAUAUAGAUCCUGCAAACCUGGUGAAUAUGUCAUCAAAGAAGGUAAGAGGCAAAAUAAUCUAGCUACUGUACAUAAACACUUAGAAGCUCCUCUUCAGAGUUCACCCAAGCCUACUCGCCCCAAAGAACCGAGUAAUUUAAGGGGCCAAACGCAGGAAAUGAAGCGCAUGAACACCACCACCACCUCAUCUCUAGCUCCAUCGAGUAGAGCGAUAUCAAGCACACCAGUGGGUCAAGAUGACAUGAUCUACUUCCUUGUCGUUGUUGUUGGUAUUGUUCUGGUUUUGCUGAUAUUGGCAGUGAUGGUGAUUACAUGCAAGUUACGAAAGAGGAAAGCAGGUUUACAAAAAGUUCCAGUCACAGAUGGCAACAAGCUAGAACAGGAUGCCUCGGCGAGCAGCACACCUGAUUAUCAGCGUCUGUUACCCGUCGUACACCACAAUGUCCAACUGUCCUGA